AUGUCUUGUACUACACAUUCUGAUGAUUAUUGGGACUAUGAUAAUCCUUCUGAAUGGCAAAAACAUUUUCCGGCUGCUGCUGGAUUAUGUCAAUCACCUAUUGAUAUCCAUGCACAUAAAACAAUUCCACAUCAUUAUCCUCCAUUUGUAUUUUCUGAUAAAUAUCAUUCAAAUGAAUUAUUUAAAUUAAUUAAUAAUGGACAUCAGGUGACGGCAACAUUAGCUGAUCAUACAUACGGGCAAAGCGAAAAAGAUUUAUGGUUUAAUGGUAGUGGGUUAACAGGAAGAUUUUAUUUUGUUAAUUUUCAUUUACAUUGGGGUCGAGAUGAUCGACAUGGUUCCGAACAUGAAAUUGAUGGCUAUCAAUAUCCAGCUGAGGCACAUGUUGUUUUUAAAAAUCAGGAAACAGGACAAUUAGCUGUAUUUGCAUAUAUAUUUACCGUUUGUAAUCAAACACAAAAAGGAAAUAAAGAAUGGGAAAAAUAUUGUGAUGCUGCAAGUCAAUUAACAAAUCAAAAUGAUACUAUACAAUGUAUGUUCGAUUUAAGUCAAUUAAUGCAAGCAAAUGAUAGACAAUUCUUUCGUUAUACAGGUAGUUUAACAACACCACCUUGUACUGAAGGAGUUAUUUGGACAAUAUUUAUACAAAAAAUUGCAAUAAAAGAAGAAAGUUUAAAUCAAUUACGUCAAAAUUUGAUGAGAAAAGUCUAUCGACCAAUUCAACCACUUAAUAAUCGUACAGUUUUUAGAAAUUAUUAA